AUGGAGCCUGGAGAGUUCUUUUCCAUCAGAUUCUGUCCCUACCAGUCUUCGAACGCGCCCCAGGUCUUUGCAGCUGUCAGCAAGAAACAUGCUGUUGUAUGCAAGAUAGCACGAGACCCCGGUAACAGGGAAGUCUUCGACACUAAUGAAUCAACUAAUUGCUGCUGCACCUGGGCUUGGAGUACCGAGACAAAUACUGCGUAUCUCUGUAUAGGAGGAGUUGACGGCAUUGUCAAAAUCUACAACGUUAUAACUGGACAGUUAGUCGAGGGAAUUAACGACUUGUCGACUUCUCCGGACGACCCGUCGAUAAUUGCAUCGGCAUCUGACGACACAACCGUGCGCAUAUGGAGCCUCGACCCCGUGCACAAGGAGCAACCUUGCCUCUGUAUUCUCGCGGGCGAGGGCCACAUCGCCGAAGUUUUGAGCGCGAGCAUCCACGAUACGGGAAGAUACGCAGUCUCGGGAGGACACGAUCAUCGUAUAAACUUUUGGGUGCUCCCAGAGUUCCCAAAUGAGCCUGUCGAGAGUCCUAUUCAGGUACAUUACCCUCACUUCUCGACCUCGGCGAUCCAUGGAGGGAUCGUGGAUUGCGUGGCCUUUUAUGGCGACCAAAUACUUUCCAAGGCCAACCGGGACAACAUCAUCAUCCUCUGGGAGAUUGUAGGCUUCUCAUCACAGGACCCAAUACCAUCCCACGAUGUGGCCCCCCUGCCGCAAAUCCCACAACCCAACGAUUAUGGUGCAAGCCAGUUCACCCGAUCGGCUUUCAUCCCGGCAACAUCUCCUCGGUUCCCCCUUCAAUAUGACAGGAGGCUUCAGUUUCACACCCCGAGGUGCGACGAGUAUUUCUUUCUGCGGUUUGAGCUGUACUUCCAGCCUGGCCAGCACCCAAUCCUGACAUUCUGCAACCGCACCGGCGAGAUCUUCUUCUGGGACCUGGAACGGGUGCGGGAGUACGGUAACAUUAUGAAUGCGCUCAGGAGCCCUAGCCGCGACAUGACCAAGCCUAUUCGACUCCCAAGCUGGAUAGGGCGCAUCAGACCGAGGGUGAAUAGCAAGCCGCGGGGUGCGAGUGUUGGUAAAGGGUCGCGGGCUUCGAGUCAGACGCCCGAGGUUGAGGAUAGGAGGAACGUAUACGAUAUCGCGGAUUUGGAUCCGAAGGAUGUCGCGGAUUGGAAUGCCAAGUAUGGUGUCAUGGACAGGGAUCACGCCCUCGAACCUCACUAUAAGGUUGAAGUCAAGUUUAAGAAAAACACCCCCUUCCUUGGAAGACAGGCAUCUUGGAGCCCCGGGGGUGAAUGGUGCACUGUGGCCGGUAGUGGAAACGCAGUCCACAUGCUCAAGAGGUGGAGUAGCAGUGCAUGA